UUUAUUACCAAAAUUGGUCUCACUAAUUGCACUAUUAUUUUAUGUUUUUUAAAUGGCAGUUUAAAUUUUUUUACACAUUUUUACUUAUCAAUCUACUAUUAUACAAUGGAAGCAGUCAGGUUCUUAAUUUUUUUACUUCUUUUCAAGGGCGCUUUUGCUAAACUCACCAACCAUUCAUCGCAGGAUAUUUUACAGUCUAAUGAAACUGGGAAAAGAGAGACUGUAAAGGUCACGGAGAGUAAAUCUGAGGAAAGAUGCGACUUAGAGCCAGAAAACCCAAUAGAUAUUCAGUUUAGGAGCUAUAUGGAUAAAUUUGCCAAUUCUGAAUCUGGAAAAUUUCUCAAAGAUUUAAUUUCCAAGAAAUCUGUCUCCAAAUUAUCAAAACCAAUUACGAACUUACUUGAAAAUGUUGACAAGGAACAUGUUGAAGGACUUAAUCAGAUACCAAAAGAGCCUUACGACAAGACUUGGAACUUUGUAAGCCUUGGUGUUUCCGCAUUAUAUGCUAUUGUUUUGGGCUAUUUUACCAUUUUCAGCCCUCUUUCCACCUAUACCACCAUGGCUAUAAGCUCUUUCGUCCUAUGUUCAAUUGUUAUUGGACUUUGUCAUGACCUAGUUCCUCUUUGGAUGGCAGCCUUAGUAAGCUUUGUAGGGGACCUUAUAGUAUUCAUCCUACUAACCUUUCUAGAUAAUAUAAAGAGGAGACAAAUUGGUGUUCUUUCAGUUUGCAUGGUAUUUUCUAAAAUGGUCUACGACGUUCAUGCUGUCGUUCCACUUGAAUACGUCAGUCCUUCGUUUACUGGAAUUUCUGGAAUCCUGGUCAACUAUGUUUUCCGGUCAAAUAGUUUCAUUUUUUUGAGGCUUACUUACUUAUUUUGCCUAAUUCUCCUCACUUGCACUCUUUUCAUUAGACUUCCAACUUAUGUUGCUGGAGAACCAAUGGAAUUGGAGGAAAUUGAUUCCGGAGCAACAAUCAUGAAAAAACUAAUUUGCUUCGUUUCAUCACUACCUGCUGCCGGAUUCUGUACACAGGUUUACUCUGGUUUAAGGAAAACUCCAAAUCCUCUUGGUCCAUUUACCUUUUUCAUUAUUCCGACCAAAUUCAGGCUGAACGAAUUGGAAUCUUACAUGAGCAUCACAUUUUGGGCUGUUUUUGGUGUUGUUUAUUACAGCUUAAUCAAACAUUCAACGGAAAACAACCUAACGACUCAUCCUAAAAAGAGAAGAUCAUGGAGAGCUUAUACUAGGACAAUUUCCAGAAUAUAGUUAAAAUUUUUUGUAAUAUAAUAAUUAUUUU